AUGGGUGCAAACACUAAGACCAGUCAGGUGACAGUUCGUCUUGAGCGUUUAGAUGAUCUUUGGGAAAAAAUCGGCGACGUCAUCAACGAGAUAGAGUCUCACGAGGAAUAUGAAGCAGAAGAAGAUUCACUUACUAAAGAGAGGAUAAUCUUCGAAGAUCGGUACUAUGAGAUGAAGGCAUCUUUGAUAGAUCGGAUCAAGGAGCGUCGAGAACCUGGUACAUCGGAACAGUCGAUUCGGGGAGCUGAAACCACACUGGUGUCAUCGGGAGAGCAUGUACGGCUACCGCAAAUAAAAUUGCAGAGCUUUGAUGGUGAUAUUGACGAAUGGCUCAGCUUCAGAGACCUUUUCACGUCACUCAUACACUGGAAAGCUGAUCUAUCGGAAGUGAAAAAGCUACACUAUCUCAAGGGCUGUCUCGAGGGAGAAGCCGAGGCAUUAAUUGAUCCAUUGAAGCUAACUAAGGGGAACCACACUAUCGCUUGGGAAACGCUACUCAAGCGAUAUAACAACAGUAAACUGCUUAAACGAAGGCAAGUGCAAGCUUUCUUUAAGCUGUCGGUUAUAUCAAAAGAGCCAUCAUCGGAACUUCAUAAGCUGCUGGAAUGGUUUGAUACAAUCACUCAAAUCUUGGAUCAAGUCAUUGAACCUGGUGACUACAAGGAUCUUUUGCUAAUUGAGAUUCUCAGCUCGAGGCUUGAUACCUACACCCGGAGGGGAUGGGAGGAACUGUCCUCUACUAAAAAAAGGACACUCUCAAGAAUUUAA